AUGUCUAGCCGAGUACAACUUAAAUCAACAAAAUUGCAACAUCGUAAAAGACCGAAAAAACGAAAAAAGUCAGAAAUUUAUAGAACCCCUGUUUUAUAUCAUCCCAAUCAAAAAGAUUAUUUUAAUUUGCAAAGUGAAUAUACAUGUUUACCUGAUAUAGAUGUAUUAAAUUUAUUAUCAAAAAAUAAAUUACAUGCAUUAGUAACUGCUAUCCGAAAUAAAGAUAACGAUCAAAUUAAUAAUAUCCUUUACAAAGAUAUAAAUAAUAUAUAUAUAGAUCCAAAAUAUAUUUACUACACCCCAAGUUUUGAUCAUAAUGAACAGGGUGAAGAUACCUCAAACGACUUUGACAAUGGUGAUAAACAAAACAGUUUAGCAGAAAAAAAUGAUACUCCAAAUCAAGAACCCAAUACAAAUAACCAACAAUGGAUUCGUAAAAAAGCUAGCGCUCUAAAUAAUGUUAAUUAUAAUAAAGAUUAUGGCAUGAAUAUAAAAAAGGUAGACGAAGAUGAGAGUGAAAAUAAUAAAGAAAACACAUUUGUAGAUGUGAAUAAUAUUUACUUUUAUUUUAAAAAGGUUAAUAUUACAAACAUAAAUAAAGACAACAUCAAUGAUGAUAUAUACAAUGAAUUAAAAGAAUUAAAAAGAAUAUCAGUAGAAAAAGGAGAUCCAAUUGGAUAUAACAUAUAUAAAUACUUUUUAAAUAUUAUUACUAAUGUAGAUCGAUUAAAAUAUAUUGAUGACUUUUUUUUAGUUGAUUAUAUAAAUAAUAUAUGGAUAAAUAAAAAUGUUCAUAAAUAUUUUUAUUUUUUAAAUUCUUUAUAUGAUAGAAUGAAAAAAAUUUCAUAUAAAUUAUUUAAUCUUAAUUAUAAAAUUGAUCAAAUUGGACAUAUUGAAGAAAAAAAUAAAAUGAUAUAUUUUGAAAGACAUGAAUUAUUUAACAAAAUUAUAAAAAAAACAAAAUUCAUACCUAAUUAUAUAUUAAAACAUAAUUAUAUUUAUUCUAAUAAUAUUUUAAAUUUAUAUGAAUAUGAUAUUCAAACAAAUUCAUUUACUAAUAAAUUUGACGUAACUUAUAAUCCAGUUACUUUAAAUGAUUUUUUUGAUCUAAAAAAAAAAACUAAUUUAAAUAUAUACUACAACCCAAAUAGGUUUGAUUCCUUUAUAAAUUAUGCACACACAUAUCCAAGAAACAACCAGCUCAAGCAAGUUAUGCAAAUCACUUAUGGAAAAAACGACCAAGAUAAUACACCACAUUGUGAUUCUCAAAAGAAAAAACUAAAUGAAAAGUUUAAAGAUGAAAAAAAUGAUAAGAAAAAUGUAAAUAGUUCAGUUCAAGCCAAACAAAAUGACAAACCCAAUAAUCAUCCUAAUUGGAUAGAUCGAAUAAAGAAUGAUACAAAAUUAAAAUAUGAAAUUUUAGAAAAAUUAUCAGAAAAAAUGCAUAGCGAAUUUCUUGAAAUGAAAAUAAUUGAUGAACAAAAUAAAAUAGAUCUAAAUAAAAUUGAUGAUAUAAAAAAUGAUAAAGAUAGUUUAUUAUAUAAAAAAAUAUAUGCUAUGAGAGAUUAUUUUUAUAAUUUAAUUUAUGAUAAUUAUAAACCUAAUCUAGAUAUAUAUGAAUUAGAAACAUUUGUAGAUGCAGAAUAUAGAACCUAUUCCUAUAAAAAAGAUUUAGACCUCCUUUUCAAACAUUGGGUAUUGAAUGAAAAUAAACAAUUACCAACUAUCCAAUUUGCUAAAAAGGAUGUUGAACUAGCCAAAACAAGACUUAUAUCAAAACGAAAACGAAAAAUCCUAGAAUUUGAUCAGCUUGUUUAUGAACGCCAUGGUAAAAUUCAAAAGGAACUUCAACAUGACCAGCCAAAUGAAGUUGACAAUGAUCCAACUUCAACAAAAGUAUCUGAAGAAACAGAAAGGGACAAACCAAAUGAUAAAUGCCAAAAUAAACUUAUUAAAAAAUCAAUUAGUUGUUUAAUCAAAUGGAAGGUUAGAAGUGAAAAUGAUUCAAACAAAAAAAAUAAACAAAAUGAUAAUAAUUAUAAUGAUGAAUAUGAUGAAGAUGAUAAUAUGGAUUUUACUGAAGAAGAUGAAAAUGAAGAUAAUGAAGAUACAGAUUUUAUCGAUUUUGAUAAAUCUGAUAUAAAAAAUGAGGAAAUAAAAUCUUAUGGAUUUUGUGACGAAGAUUUAGAAACAUAUGAAACUGAUAAUACAACCCCUUUUUAUAAUAUGAAAUUUGCCAAAUUAGUUAUCUAUGAUGAUAAUUAUAAUGAAAAAAGUUUUAUCGAUACAUUGAUGAGAUAUAUACAAUCUUGUGAUUUUCAACGAGCCACUGAUAUUUAUAACUCUUUAAAAGUUAAAGGGAAAGUUGAUACCUUAUAUUUUAAAAAUUAUGAAAGAGCUGAAAAUAUUGCUUUUCUUUUACGUCAAUCUUCAGAAAAAAUAGUAGUUGAUGUGGAACUUUUGUAA